AUGGAGCAUCUCGCAGAGUGGGAUGCUUUGUCCACCGUGAGUUUCCAACAUUGGAGAAGUGUGACCUUCUGGGCACCCAAUUCCAGAUGGAACCAGGCUUGGCCGAGUUCGCAACGUCCGUCUUGCCGGUGGGAGACCGCCGCGAGAGAAUGGUGCCGCCUUUGGCGAGCUUGGCGCUGGAAGCAAACACGGCUUCAUUUGCUGGGCCAUCACGACGUGGCGGAGGAGCUGGAGCUGCUUGGGGCAAGUGUCCAGAAACAGACCUGGCUCCCUGAAAGUAGCGAUCUCCAUGGCCACGACCUGGUCCAUCAAGAAGCCUUCUUCAUGAGUGGCACUUCGAACUGGGCCGAUUGGAGGCACUCCAUGGCACUGUAUGCAGCCUCCAAAACCAUGGUCUUGUUGGCUCCAAAUGUGGUUGCAGCUGGCCCCAUGAUGGCGCAUAGAAAAUGGCGCCAGCAAACGCUCCAUGCUGGACCAUACAUCGAGGCCUUGGGCGGCAAUGGAAUGCUGUGCAUCCAGUCAUGGCAAGAUUGGGACACUGGUCGGCCAAUGGCGCAGUCUAGCAAGCCGGUGAUGGCUGUCGUGGAGGAGGAACUCUCUGACUCUGAUGAGGACUAUGGCCCAGGUCCUGCCACGAUUUUCACGUCCGUGCAGCCCGAGGAGUACUGGUCUGUGGCAGGAGAGGCUUGGGCAAGCUCACAUAUGGCACAUUUGCGUCAGGCUGGCUUGGUGAGUGUGGUCGAACAAGAUGUUCCACUGCUGUUGGUCAAGAGUGCGCUUAAGGGAUUGGGCGCAUGCAUCGACCUCGGCGAGAUGGAGGUCCCAGGAGAACAUGAUGAAGAUCCUGGUUAUGCGGGCGAAGAGGUGGUGAUGUGUCCCCUAAGGUUCACAAGGAGAUCGGGCAACCGGCCGGAAGAGCUGCCUCUUCAACUGUUGGAAAUCCGAGAUUCCACGUUUGAGAGCCUCGAGUGUCUUGUUGAGGGAUUGCCAAGCCUGAAGCCGGAGAAGCAGAGGGAGAUCAAUCGUCAUGACAAGCGAAAGAUGCAAGGGCUUAUGGAGCUGGCUAGAGUGUUGACCGAUGAGUUGGGGUUCCUCAAGUCAUACAUUGAUCCUGCGGUGUUUUUGCUGAGAAACGAACAGGGUAUCUUAUGCGGGCUGGUCCAUGUGGAUGAUCUUGUGGUCUGUCAUGAUGGGUCAGAGUUCGCUCAGCAAACCGUGGACAAGCUGGCUGGGUGGUUUCCUUGUGGCACUUGGGACAGAGUCUCUGAGAAGUCCAGUGGGGUUACCUAUUGUGGGAAAGAGAUCAAGCUACGCAACAUUGACAGUGAAGAUGGCGUCAUCCUUUCAAAGGAUGGUUUCAUAGAUGGACGUCUCGAGGAGACGGAAGUGUCUAAGGACCGAAGGCAAGCUCCAGAACUGCCAGCCACAGAGGAGGAGCGAGAGAACUAUCGUUCCAUUGUGGGCGGUCUGCAGUGGAUCGCGACGCAGUCUCAGUCUCGUCCUGAUUUAAGUUUCGAGACUAAUCAACUUCAGAAGCGGGUUGCUGAUCUUCGCGUCGCUGAUCUUGUGCGGGCGAACAAAGCAGUUCGGGAAGCCAAGAAACAUCGCAUGGAGAUCGUCUUUCGCAACUUAGGCAAAGAUGCUCAGCUCAUCAUUUACUCGGAUGCCGGGUUGUGCUCCAGUGUAGGGGUUGAAGUUGAAGAGAAACAAGCUGACGAUAUUCUGCAGUCAUCUUUAGACAAACGGCUUGUGUUCUCUCAGAAGGGGGCCGUUGUCGGCGUCGUUAAACGAGGGUCGACGGAGGUCUGUAGCAAGCCGGCUCAUAUGAACAUAUUGCACUGGCGAAGCAGUACGAACAAGAGAGUCAUCGAGUCGAGCCGCUCAGAUGGAUUGGGCAUGGGUCACUUCAGCCAGGUCUUGAUGAGUGAGUUUCAGACUUGGUUCUGA